AAUUAAGAAACUGACAUCCCUACGGGGAAGGUUCAAAGACACCUGAGACCUCGUAGAGUGAAGUUCAUUUGGAUCUGGACAGGCUCCAAGAGUUGUUGCUUUGAACUCGAUCUACCAAUGAAAGAUGGGGUUGAAGAAUCUUGCUCGUUGUCUUCUUGAAUUUGGAGAUGUACAAGAAGUGUAUGCUCAUAUCUUUUGCGAGGUACCAGCGCUGAAUGUAAUCCGGAGACGAAGAAAUGGGACCGUGGGGUCAUCAGCGUCUGAUUUCCGAGGCCCUAAGAGCCCAGAUCUGAGAAAGCAAGCACAAGAGAAUGCAGCCAUGAUGAAACAGACAAUGUACCCAACAACAACAAGUAGUACAACAUCAUCGUCAAUAGACCCUAUGCCAAAGGAAGUCGCUGAACAGAAACCAGUCAAUACAAAAAGAGUCAGGAAACGAGAAUCUCAGCCUGGUUCACCGAGGCCCAAAUCUUGGCACACAGACCUUAGAGCCUUGAGUCAACCAGAUCUGUCCAGGAUGCCUCAGCACUCCCAAAGACCUGGUGAACACUCACAACCACGCUACAGGAAUCCUCCAACACAAUACAACCAGUUCCACAGUUCAUCAGAUACAUCCUUCAUGAAGUCCACUUACGAAGAGAAAAUAAGCUACCACCCGCAUGGCAGGUCCACUGGGAAUCUGAAUAACAACAGUGCUGAGGACACUAUAGAACCUUUGCCAGGGCAUGUGCAAAAGAAAAGGGAAGCAUUCGAAAGGACAAUUUUGUCACAGAGCAUGGAUAAGAUAAAUACUGAUGAUUAUGGGGAUGGGUAUAGCAAGAGAGGUUUUAAAGGAAAGGAGGUGAUAACGCAAGGUGUGAAUCCUAACUUAAGAAAUAUCAGCCGCGAUAUUGAACCUGCAGAGACUUAUCCAAAGGUUGUUGUGGCAACACAUAUAAACAGUGUCCAGUCAAAGGCAGUACUGGGCAGAGUACCAGAAAGUGGUGAGCAGAAAGGUCAGAAGUUUGGAGGUGCACAUGAUGUCAAUAUCUACGCUGUUCAGAUGCCAGAGAGGCAGAUUGCCAGUUCAGCAGAUUCAUCUGUCACAAGGAAUUAUGCGCAGGCGCACAGCAAUUUCGCAGGGCACCCUCAGACAAGCUAUGUGCAGUCAGCAUUUGGUGCCAACCCACAUUCAACAAGUUACAAUUCUCAUCAAGGAGAAGUUAGGAAGGUGCCACCAGCAAUACCAAAGAGAGAAGACUCUAAGACUAAGACCCAGGCAUAUAGUGAUCAUGUGAAAUCAUCAUCAUGGCCGGUAUCCACCAUCAGUUCAGAGACCACUUGUACAUUGACAGUGUGUCCAACAAUACAACCAAGUGAAUUGCCUCCAGUGAAACUGAUGAAGACAGAGAAAGAGCAGAAGUCACCCUCGCAAUCUGCUUCACAAUCAAAUGUCAAUCAAAAUUCCAAUGGUGCGAUGCAAGAUAUUGUGGUGGCAAAACGGAUAUGGAUUGACGAUGCUAGUGAGCCUGAAUUUAACUUUGAGGAAGGUAAAAUUCCUAGUAGUGACAAUACAUUGAAUACAAAUGUGAGUCCUCCAUCCCCUCCUGUAAGAGACAAUGAAAAUGGACAUUUCAAACUCAAACAAAGCAAAACCACUCGUAGUUCUGAUGACAGGUUCAAUACAUCAGAUCAUUUGAUCCAGGACUAUCGCUCUUUCUUGGAAAAGACAGAACAGCAGCAGGAGAAUCUGAAGUCUUAUCAACCGGACAGUAGUGUGCCAGAAAAUAAAAAUACAAGAGAACUUCUAAUGAGAACUUGUGAUUUUGGAAAAGCAACUCAGCAAGAUAUUGUGGAAACUUCACCGAUGGCACAGACGCAACCUGCAAGAGAUUCUCCACGGAUAUCAUGGUAUCAGGAGAAGAAAAAUCAGGAGAGGAGAAGACAAAGAAAGCGCUCAUCACUGUCCUCUGAGGAUUCAUUGAACUUUUCAGACUUUGAUCAAAAUAGGAAAAAUCUGGGGCAGAAUCCCGCAAGAACCUGGCGCAACCCAAGUGAUAGUCGGGAUGAAGAAUGGAAGAAGUCAACAACUUCUCAGCAGCAGCAUCCUGUUGAGUCCAGGAUUUCUAGCCAUUCACGACAAUCCAGUGAUCUAGACAAUCCUAAUGCUCCAAGAAAGCGGACACCAAUAAGCCCUUCUCUGAUGGAAGAAACCUUUAGAAUGGAGCAGGAGCCAGAACAGAAGACCUUUACUGAGAAGGUGGAAAGGACUGGGAUUCGCCAGGAGAGCAGAGAUAGUCGUAAGUCAGGCAUAUUUGAUCAGAAUGAUGAUAACCAGCUUGAAAAAAUUCAGUCAGACAGUAAUCUCUCUGAAAAUUCAAUUCUUCGGAGAUUGAAAAGGGAAGGCUCAUUCAAGAACAAUGUGAACCUUGACCCAGAAAGGUCAGAGGGUAAUGAGACUUCUGCGAGGAAGAUCAUACCAGACACAAAGAGAGACCUUCGAAAUCUAGGUCUGACUGAGAAUGUGUUCAAACAGGAUCACAGAUCAAAAGGUAAUCAUUACAAAUCUGGGUCUUUCACACAUGAUUCUAGGGGAUAUUCAGCAGAUCCACGCCUUAUGAGAACAACCCCAGUGCCAUCAUCACACCAACGCACACAUUCCAUAGACACAUACAACCGUAAUCCUCCUAGGAGGCAUGAAAGUUUUGAGCGAAGGGGAAAUGGAGUUUCCCGCGAGAGCUCCUUUUCUGAACAUAAUGUAGCAGAAAAGCAAGGGUACUGGGAAGCAAAGUCUCAAGAGAAUGACCCAGAACGUGAUAAAGGGGAACACAAGAAGUCAAAGUCGGAUUCUGAUCAACAUCCUAAAGCAGACAAACAGAGGAAGAAGAUGUCUGAUCCUAUCAACAAACCCCAGAAUGUCAGGAAGACAUCAGAUCCUGAGAACAGGCAACAGAUCUGGGAUGCCCUCAAAGGGUUCAUGGACUACCGACGUUCCCCACCAGGAACCAGCCCUUCCAGUUCCCGUCCAUCUAGCAUGUACGGCUCUGAGCAAUCCCUGCAUCGCAGUGAAAUGCACCAAUCUACCAGUUCUCUUGUCAGCGGGUACUCGAGUAGCAGACACUACCCCCAAGAUUCUAUAUCAAGCAUCGGCUCAUCCUUUUCUUACCCAUUGCACCAGCCACAGGAUUCAGGCUUUGGGUCAAACAGUGAUAUCUCACAAGUCCGUAGCCCACACUCACCUCCCCAAACGGGAGUGGUUUCUCCAAAGGAUGUGCGUGUAGCUGCUUCCAUCUCACGUAAUUCUGUAACGUCUCCAGGACCACAGUACCAGUCUAGCAAUGUGGGCAACGAGAGAAGGAGAAGUCACCAAAUUCAAAGACCACACCCAUCCAAACACCUUACAUCAAGGAUGUCUGUGGACUCUAACCUUCCUAAUUACCGUAACCAACAGGAAAUGACGAGGUCCAACAGGUCACCCCAGGAAAAACUGGAUUUCUCACCAACUCGACAGAUAUCACCUUUACCAUCAUACAAUGUACAUGUGGCAGAACGAGUGCCAAUCUCUAGUCUCAAAGAGGAGGAGAUCAACAAAGAGGGCACUAUUUAUUAUGAAUCGCUUCAACCCGAGCAUACAGAGACAGAAGCAAACCACCGAAUCUUCAGAUUCCCUCCCAGUAAAAAGCCAGACCAUGUCAGCUCUGGUGGUCAGAGAAUAUCACCUAAAACAUCACCUGGUCAUCCUCCGGUUAGCAGCUUGACCAUUGAUCCAUCAGACCAAGGAGUGGACAUCAGCCCCCCUCCACCACCCACGCCCCUAUCCCCUCUCGAUAUCAAGGGUAACAUGGAAUUCCCCCCUCCUCCACCGGAGCUGGCACCUGUAUCCAACAUGAAGAGGAAUAGUCCAAAGCAAGAACCCAGUGAUUCGACUGUAAUUCAGGGAACGCAAGAGGGCAGCAUUCAACUAACUAGCACAGAGAGAAUAACACCCACCUACUCAGACCGGCUGCAACAAGCACCUUCUCUUGAGGUCCAGGUAGAACCUACACCCUUAGCCAAAGUAGAAGAGACGACACCAUCAAUAUCACCCAACUCUAUCAUCUCGGGGCGAUCAUCACCCGACAACCACGACGUUGAGCCUGCAACAUCACCACAGCACGUCCCCAGACUUCCCAGCGUCCAAGAGAACAUCGCUUUCUCUGAGCAUAGGGAUUCUCCAGUCCCCACCCAUCCAACAACACUUGUAGAGUCACCCAUCCGUUGCAGUCCAGCAGAACCAGAGCCUUUGGACGUUGCAGAAGACGAGGAAGAAGAGGAGGCCUUAGACGCAUGCGACAGCGGGAUCAAUAUCUUCACCAGAGAGCAGGAGAAGACGGAGAAGGAGCUUAGUGAGGUCUCUGAUCCUGUUUUGAAGUGGGUCUUGCAAGCACUGACUCCAAGCAGUACCAUCCUAUCUGAUCUCUUCCCUCUACCCAAGUCUAAGAGGAGUCGGUCAAUCGGUGGAACUAUCACAAUGACCAUGGACGUGACCACACCAACAAAGAGUGAGAGUGAGACGGUAGCUGAACAGAGGAGUCCUAGUGAGUGUGUGAACCUGGUCUUAUCAAGUUCCAGGUAUCUUAGGAUCUCUCCUGCUAAGGCUAUCAUCCUUCAGAGAGCUCAGACCAUGAAUAAGAGUGAUGAUCUUGGCAAUAACAACACAGAGCUGAGAAAGACACAGGAGGAGCUCGUUGAUCGGAUCAGCAAGAAGUUGAUAGACAUCAAGGAUCUGCAGAAGGAGGUUGCAGAGGAAAUGACCAAUCUUGAAGAUAUGGGCAGGCAAGUAAUGGAUAGCGUAAAGGCGAACUGCAAGGCCAGUGAAUACAACAAGUGCAACAUGUACAUUGCAGACAUUGAGAGGGUUACUAAGCUACUUCUAUCCCUGUCCCGUCGGCUGAGCAAGGUGGAGAGUGUGCUAGGUAGCAUGGAGAAUAGUGAAGAGGAAGAGAAGGUGAAUCUUGAGAAGUUGAAGGUGACCAUCAAUUCACAGUACCAGGAUGCCAAGAUGUUGAAGGAGAGUAUCACCCGCCGUCACUCCACCAUCAGCACCAUGCUCCUCAACAAGAUCUCCAACGAUCAGCAUGACAACUUCACUUACUAUACCCAGAUGCUUCCUAGGCAUCUCAUUAUGGGUCAAGAACUUGAUGAUAAAGUCAAACUUGGUGAGGAGCAGCUGGAAGCACUUAGCGAGAGCCUCAAGCAGAUGAGCCUGAGCUCAGAUAGUGAAAACAGCAGGGACACCAACGGCAAUGUCCAUGGUUUCAAAGAAGAGGCUGCGAUAUCGUCAUCGUCGAUUGGGAUCGUUGGUUCAGAGGAGAUCAACUCCAAUGCGACGAGUUCAUACUGCUGAUGAUGACCUCUUGGUCUUAGCUGACCUGACCUUAAUGCUGCAAUGUCAUGUGACUGUUCUUAGUUUGAAAAGAAUGCACCUUGAUGACUGAAGAUAACAAGAACAUUAGAGACUGUUCACAUUAAGGACUGUACUUAAACUAUCAAUAAGCUGGAUGAGCAGUGUCCUUUACAAGAUGAUGGCUUUAUGAGCUGCUAUGGAAAUAACCAAUUGAAUUGGUGAGGCCAUCCAGCAGUCUUGACAACUGCUAUUGUGGUAAGAUACAUAUGUCUUGGAUGGACCGGAAUGGGAUGUUAUUCAUGAAACAUUGAUCUGUUGAUGCUUCUUCAUGGUCUUUGCUUGACAGAAAAUGAUCUAGAGGCCUCUACGAAAGUGAUACUUGCAAACAGGAAUCAAAGCAAGUCUAAAAUUAUGAGAAAUUGCUGAAACAAGCAAGAGACUCAGGAUUCCAACCAUUUGUUUCUUUGUGUGUGUGGUAUGGUCAUAACUUGAAAUGGCAGUUGGAUCUCCCAACUAGCUGGACUAGUAUUAUUGAUAUAGAUUUGAUGCUGCCUUUAUCAGGGGAUUUUAAAACUUAUAUCGGAAACAUGAAAGGCUGAUAAUGUGUCAAGAGCUUUAAAAAGAAGCAAAAUUGAAAAGAGGGAUAGAUGCUAAAGUAGCAAGAUACUUUGGUAUUUCAGUCAUAAAACCAUUGGCCUGUUGAUACCAGUUUCAGUUAACCGGGCCUACAAACAAGCUUUCUACUCUCAAACAGAUUGUUGACACAAACAUUUAUCUGUCUUUCAUACGAUGCAUUUACAUAUACACAUGAAAUAAUUAAGUCGAUUUGAUAUGUUUAUAUCAUAUCUAUAUUGGCGUUAGUAUGUUGAAAAAAUGGCAUGGGAUAAUGAACGCUGUAAUAUCUGUAUAGAUAGAAGUGCCAUAUUCAAAAUAUUUCGAGUUGUUUGUAUUUUUUUAACUUGCAAUAUUUGUAAGUUUGAUCUAAGAAGUAGAAACUAAUUUUUUGUAUCUGCAUAUUCAGAAAUAUGUUUUUUUAUGGACAUAUCACCCAACCGAUGCCUUCUCUUUGUAACAAAAAUAAAAUAGUUUGUAUAUUUGGAACAGGAAGUUUGUUUUCUCAUUUUUAAAAUCAUUUAGACCAAAUAACUACAUUGCUAUUAGAAUCAUGAGCUGAAAGUGGACUAAAUGAAACAUUGUGUUUUCCAGUUUACUGAUUUCCAAAUUUCUAUGUAAAGUUCAUGCAAACUCAAGCCGGCUUUCCUGGUAUUGAAUGUAUUCAUUUUGAUUUUGCUGUGUUCUAAAGAGGUGUAUUCAUGUAAAUCAUAUGAAAUAUUUUGUACCGCAUUUUCUAGAAAUUCUUUUUAUCAGAUACUUAUGUACAAACACAAUUGUCAAGUAUUUUGUGAAUACUACUUAAUUCUACCCAAUUCAAGGAUGAAAUGCUUGCAAUGUAAUUUUUUUAGUUGCAUGGAGGUGGAAAAACUAUUUUCUCUUAUGAAACUUUUGAUUAUAAUUCAGCCAAAUCAAUUUUGUAUUCAUUUUUAGAUAAAAGAAAAUAUAAUUCACAAAACACUUGACCUUGAUCUUUCAGACCUACAUAGUGUAGAAGAUAACAGCAGCAAUGUAUUCAUUAUGUUGUAUGAAUCUUCUCUGACUAUCCCUAUAUUUCCUUUCAUUCACCAAUUAUGAUAAAUCACUUAUAAUACUUAUAUCAUUGCAUUGUAACAUAACUUAGAUAUACAGUGGCUGAAAGUAGCAGACAUUGCAGAGCUAUGAGGAUUAAUCAGUUUUACUGGUUAUAGAUUUGUUUGGGUUUUAUGGUAUUGUCAGUUUUAGGUUUUGUUAACAGUAACUGGUAUUUUGUGUUGCGAUUGUGUAUGUUCAUUACCAAGGCAUUCUGACACAAAUAUAUCCCAGUUUAAUAUUAUUCCAUUAUAGAAUCUCUAGAUAACCAUGAUUCAAGUCAUUUGUAAUAUUCAUAUGAAUUUUGGUGUAGACAUCCAUUCAUAGAGAUCAAUUUAUGCAUCUUAGUUGUUUCCAUUCAUUCAUCCAUUCUUGUUUUGACAGAAUUUUGUUCCUCAAAAUUUGUGUGGAAUAGUGCAUGUCAUAGAAACUCUUUCCUUUAAAAAUUUUGACCAAAGUUUACUCCGACGGUGAGGACUUGACUCAUCAUAUGACUUCCCAUGAAAAGGUUUCUAGGGCAAUUGUAAUAGGCUGUAGUGGGGUUUUUAGAAAAUCAUUGUUGGAAUCAAUUUAGUGUUUAUAAUGAGCUUUAAUUUAUUAAAGGGGGGUCACAGGGUUUUUGUAAAUACAUAUAUGGCCUUUCUACUCUUAAGGGUAUGUUGAUAAAGGAAUGUAUUGCACACUGCUUGUGGCGCUUGAUAAAGAAUGCCUUUUGAUCUGUUUUUUGUAUUCUUGUGAAUUGUCUUGUCCAGUAUAAGAUUACUUUUGUAUUUGCUGUAACAGCUCAUUUUGUAAGAUGGUAAAAAUCUGUAUAUAAAUUAGUACUAUUUUCUCUUUUAAAAGUGAAAAAUAUAUAUAUAUAUUGCACCAGGUUAACUGGUUAUGCUAUUUAAAUACUGCUGAUAUAUACGUAUGUUCUUGAAUUAAGUUAAAGCUUUAUCCUAUUAUACAUGUAAUCUAAUGUAUUAUCAACCUUCUUUCCAUAAUCAAACAGAAGAUAUCAGCUAUUAAAAUGUCCUUAAACUGAA